UGGAGGGUGUGGAUUAAUUGGGAAAGAAAGAACGGCAUGUUUAUUGGGUUACAAGGAGAUUGAAACAAAUGUGUAUUCAUUUUUUUAAUUGUAUCUUAUAAUACGGCGUUCAAAAAAUGAUUUUGAAAUAAUGAAUAUCCAAAAGAAGAAAGUUACUGAAAACCAAACAUUUAAAUCAUACGUUAAUUUUGAGUCCGGUCAGGAAAGUAAAGUUAAUACUACUACUAAUACUAAUGAUACGGGUAUUAGUACGUGUAGGCCCAGUACUAGUAGUAGUACUGAUGAAAACGAUUUUUCAGAUGACAUGUACCUCGGUAAUUUAUCAGUAAUCCUACCGCCGAAUGGAAAGAACAGAGAGGACAUUGUGGAUCUUCAGCCAAAGUUACUUCCUGGUGAAGCUAUUGUACGACAGGCAAACAAUGUGCUGAAGUUCAAUAACAUGAGCAACCAUAAGACUGGGAUAUCGGGAGCCCUUAUCUGUACAAAUUUUAAACUGAGUUUUGUAACAUUAGAAGACUACCCGUCCAAUUUGCGUUUACGAAACCUUUUACUUCAGGAAAAUGAUAUCUGCCUGAUGAACAUUGAGUCUGUAUACCAAGUGGUUAACGGACGAAGGAAGAAAGUUGUUUCACCAGUUAAUAUAUCUGGCGCAGUAGAGGUUGUUGAAAUACAUUGUAAGGAUUUAAGAGUAUAUACCUUCAGUUUCAAGUUUUGUUCACGUAGUGAACCUAAAGAUCUGCUGUAUGCCAUCCUACAUCAUCAUUGUCCUUCAUUAGCACAGCUGCUUUUUGCAUUUGAUUACUGUGGAGUAAAAGAAGUAAAAUCUGUUCAUCCUACCUCUUCAAAAUACACCAUGAUCCAGGAUUGGGAAAUGGAGCUAAAGAGAUGUGGAUGCUCUUCUUGGAGAGUUUCACUGUGGAAUGAAAGUUUCAAUGUUUGUGAUAGUCUUCCUGAAGCUUUUGUAGUUCCACCAGAAAUAUUUGGUAAAGAUGUGAGCAAGUUGUCUCCUUUAUACAACGGACAGAGGUUUCCGAUUUGGAGUUGGGGUAUGCCACAUGGAAAUGUGCUUAUUCGUUCUUCGGCUGUUUAUGAUCCACAAAAUCUGAGUCGAAAACUUACAGAGGCUAUAAAAAAGGCAAUUCCACAACAUGGAGGCCUACACUUUUUAAAUUUAGAUAAUGUGUGUCCAUCAGUUCGAGACAUUCAGAGUAGUUACAGUAAAUUACAAGAAAUCUGUAAACCAGAAAAUGUACACAGUUACUGGAAGCUCGAAUCAACGUAUCUCAGCUCCAUUGAGUCUACACAUUGGUUUCACCAUCUGUCAGCCUGUUUGAACAUCUCUCUGAAAAUUGCUGAAUGCAUGAGUAUUAGGAAAGAUUCAGUGGUCAUUACAGAACUGGGAGGCCGAGACUUGUCUUGUGUCAUUUCCAGUUUAGUGCAGAUUCUUCUGGAUCCAUUUUGUAGAACUCAACAUGGUUUUGAAUGUUUGGUGCAGAAAGAAUGGGUUGCACUAGGUCAUCCUUUUCAAGAAAGACUUGGUCAAAUUAAAGUGGAGGAAGUACAUCAGUCUCCAGUGUUUCUUCUCUUCCUGGACUGCAUGUGGCAAAUUCUACAGCAAUUUCCAUCCAAAUUUGAGUUCACAGAAACCUAUCUUACUAAUCUUUGGGACACAGUACAUAUAAGCUGUUUUGGUACUUUCCUCUUUAACUGUCAUAGAGAACGUAUAAAUGUGUGUAGCAAGCAAUAUGAUUCACGUAGGUUACAUUCUUCAUGGGACUGGUCUCUCCAAUUUACAAAACAGGACAUGAUCCUUUUUAAAAAUCCCUUGUAUAUUCUCUCAGCUCAGGAAAAUGAAAAUCACCCUAGACCGUGGUCACUUGCUUGUGAUGGCCCAUGGAAUUCUCGUAAUCGGCCAUUUACUCCUGCAAAAAAAAUGGAAGAGAAAGAAAAUACUUUGUUAGAACUUGAUCCGUCCGUAACGAGGAUGCAACUCUGGACACAGUGCUACCUCCGUUGGGUUCCGAUGGCUCAGGUGGUUGGAGGAGGUCUUCCCGUGGUCUAUCUGCAGAAUGCAGUCAUUUGGGAUGAGAUUUGUACAUUAGAGAAGCUUUUACUCUCAUUACCAGAACCAGCAAAUCUUCGUUAUCGGCGUGUGGCAUCUGAUAAUAAUUUAUUUAGGAGCGAAGGUGACAACUCAUGUGGAGUAAAACAUGAUUCUCACAUUGUUACUUCAGCUUUCCCAUAUUCUCCAAUUGGACCUUUUGACUGUCAACAUUUUCACAGAGUCCCAUCAAGUUCAUGCCUCCUUGUGGAUGUGGUUGGUACUGAUCAAGAAUUGGAUGAAUAACCUUUCAAGCCCUUCCUAUUCAGCUUGGACCAAUAUUAAGAGUAUAAUUGCUGAAGCCGUAUUAAGUGUUGCUGGAAUGGAAUUAUCUUUUUACUGGUGAUAAUUUUAUAUUGAAGGAAAAUGAAAUCAAAGAGUUUAUAUAGCUAAUGUGCCUCAGCUGUAAUUGUGACGUAACUACAUUUUCUAAUGUUUUAUUUUUUAUAAUAAUUACUAGAUAUUUAUGUAUUUCUACACAGCUGAUUCUAUUGAUAUUUUUUUAAUUUACUGAAAUAUUUUUGCUAAAUUAUGUCAGUUUUUGUUGGAUGACAAGAAACAAAUUGUAAUAUAAAUAUACUUAGGAAAUGAUAUACAUAAUCAAUGAAAAUGUAUGAAAUAUGUUAUUUUAUAGCUAAUAAUCUCGCGUACAAGGAGCAUAGUAGUGGUGUACUAUAGUGUUGUGACAAAUAAAGACGUCCAACAAACAA